CUAUUAAGGCACAAAGAAAAAUCCUAACCAGUUUCUAAAAUGAAACCAGUCCUCCGAUGUCACAGUAAACUUUGUCUACACGCUGAUAAGCUCUUGACCAGUGAGCUCCCUGUGUCAUUUCCUCAAUAGUGGACUUUAACCGGUCCUUAUCGACACACUCCCAUGAACUUUAACCCCUGGAUCUGCUGCACUACACUGAGGAAUAACAGCGGCGAGAAAAUGAUCUGUUUAAAUGUUUCUUAUUUCAGCUAGAAGACAUAUUCUAUUCUAUAUGAGGGCAUGUGGAUGAAUGAGUGGAAGCUGUACAACAUUUGUGGAAGGUAAGAAGCUACAUGGAUAGAAAUCAGGAGUAAAAACUGAACAAAGAUGAUGCAGAACAUGUUCCAGGAGGGGUUGUACCAGGUGUUUUUUAAGGAGACACCCUUAACCCACCCACCGACCCCGGCUACCAAUCACAGCGAGCUACUUAACGGCAGGAUUCAUCGCUGGUUUGGGACGGUGGUUAAUACCAGACUAUUGGUCACUGGGGUGGUGCAGAUCCUCAGUGCCUUAUCUUGCAUACUGGCCACAGUCACCCAUGCAUGUGUCAGCUACAACUGCUCUGUAUCCAUGACAACACCUGUGUGGUCAAGCCUGUUUUAUGUGGCUUCUGGGUGUCUGGCAAUGGAGGUUCAGAGGAAGGCUGAUAAAUUAAAGAUCAUCGCUCUGAUGGGUCUGAACCUCUUUAGUCUGGUGUUUGGCUUCUCUACUCUCCUCGCAACCGGCCUCACCUCCACACAGCAUGUUGCACUCAACACCAACCAACAGCGCAUUGGUUCAUAUGUUGCAAAGGGAAGCUCCAUAGCGUUUGCUAUACAGUGUCUUUUGGCGUCAGUCUACAUACUUUUCCUGUCGCUGAGAGGCCUGCGUCGCUACAGUCCCAAUAUUCAGGCCUACAGCCGCAUCUCACAGGAUCCAGAUGAAACCAAUGGGCCUCUACUGGAAAAUGUGGAAUUCAGUCUGUGAAACUGAAAGACCUGAAACGACACACUCCUGCAUGCGCAAUGUUUUUGUAAACUCAGUUACUGUUGUUGAUCAGGGCUGGUAGGUUGUGCAAUGUGAUUGUGUUUGAGGAAGUUGUAUUAGAUAUUGUGAAAUCAUAAAAAUAAAUGAUUAACUUGUCAAAAGCAAAGAUUAAACAUACAAAAACAGAACAUGUUAAAAAAAGAAAGGGUGUAUAUAAAACACAGUAAUGAUGACAUUCAAUUAAAUAAAGUACAUGCAUGUUUUUACAGCUGAGCUAUCAUAAUCUUACAUUGUCAAAACUGAUUAUCGUUUUUCACAGACAGUGCUCUGUGUUCAACACUAGAGGGCAGCAUUGCCUGAGAUUUGUCAUGUUGUGCAGUGUGUGAUUAACUUCCUCUGUUUAGUGUAACAAUAGAUGAGGAAACGUUGUAACAAGUAAGAGUUGUCUGCUGCACAUGUUGAUUAUAUUAAGAGGAAACAAACGUUGCUGCAAUGAUUUAACUAUAAACUCUUCGACCACACUUGGUCUUUCUCAAGUGAAUUCACUGUUUUAAUCUGAUGAUCAUUGAGAGUGAAUAAAUAUGCUGUUUUACUAAA